UGACACGGAUAUUGAAGAGGAGACAGCCGACAGGACCUCAAUAACCCCAGUUUCUACUGCGACUGGUGCUAGUAACGGUAUGACUAGUGUACGUGAGUAUAAUCGCAUGAUGGAUAUGUUGGUGUCACUGCCGUUGGGCGAUUCGCCAGAGGAGCGAUCAACGGUGCGGGGAUACACGUGGGGAGGAAACGUACCAAACCAUGUACGCCCACAUUUAUGGCGUUUACUGUGCGGUUACAUACCAUCUGGCCCGGCCUCGUUCUCCCGACAACAGGCAGAACUGCGCCGCAAGCGUGAAGAGUAUGAUAGCUUUGUUUCUAAAUACUACAAAAUUACGAUCACUGACUUUAUACAACCGAAUACGUUGCAAGAUUUGGGCACACGCUCUGGAAGGCGAGGCGUUGGAACAAACUCAAAAUUAGUUGGUGCCUCUGCGGGAACGAUGGCCAUGACAACGCCGAUGGGUACCUCUACAGAGCUGAUGGCAAUUUCAUCGGAUGAUCGUGCUAUUCUUUUGCAGAUCGCGUUGGAUCUUCCGCGGCACAGUUAUGCUCUUUUUCAUUUCUCUCGCACCGCUUCUGCCUUGGCACGAUGUCUGUUUUUGUGGUCUCGACGAUAUCCGGCAGUGGGGUAUGUGCAGGGCAUCGAUGACAUUAUAGCGGUCUUCUUCUUUGUGUUUCUUGAGGGCGCUUUUAAUGAGCGCAACAUGCGUCAUCGGCAACAUGUGCGAGAAGGGGCGGCAGAGCCUGGGGAUGGCGACGGUGCUCGAGCAUCCGAACAUGCAUGGAUUCCCGCAAAAGUAGUGUACUCUCGUGACAUGAGCGAGUUGGGUGCCGCCAUGGAGCAACUACCUGCCGACCUGUUUCAGGCUGCAGAAGCCGAUACAUAUUUUUGCGGCGGCUUUUUUCUCUCGUGGUUGCAGGAUAACUUUGUACAUGGACAGCCUGGUAUUUUGCGUAGUAUAGGGCUUAUGGAGGCACUCUUGAAGGCGGUGGAUUUUGUCCUACUGGACUCUAUCCUCUCAAACGAGAUCAGACUGAUGGAUUGUUGCUUUCAAUGGGUACAUUGUUUGCUUGCACGAGAGCUGCCGUUGGAGUUGUUGGUACUUCUUUGGGAAAAGUAUAUGGCCAUUGGGAAUAGUGAGGCGGUGCUGGACUUCCACAGUUAUGUCUGCGCGGCUCUUAUGAUGCAGUUGCGCCAGAAGAUUGUGGGGCAAUCUGUUGAUGUCAUCAUUCAUCUGCUGAAGGACCCGUUGGAAAAACGGGCACGACCACCGCAAGGGUCCCGAAAUAAGGACGUGUAUGAUUGUGCGUGGCUGGAAGGUCUGAUUUCAAGGGCAUCACAACUCCUCCGUGAAUACCCGGCAUCCUCGUUGACAUGA